UAAACCACCAACCCAUCACCCAAAAUUCAGCCACAAACUUCACCAGUUCUUUCUUCUGAAUUCGCUUCACUCUCUUCACUUUUCUUCUCCAAAAGGGAUCUUCCCCGAAUCCCCAAUUCUUACAAUUCUCCAGCUCUUCUGAUCGAUUUCCAUGGCGGGUAAUGGGGUUUUUGCAGAGAUUCUUGACGGUGAAGUGUACAAGUACUAUUCCGAAGGGGAAUGGAGGAAGUCAUCGUCCGGGAAAAGCGUCGCCAUUAUCAACCCUACUACCAGGAAGACUCAGUACAGGGUUCAAGCUUGCAGCCAAGAGGAGGUAAAUAAAGUGAUGGAAAUAGCCAAAACUGCACAGAAAUCAUGGGCAAAGACUCCAUUAUGGAAGAGAGCAGAGCUUCUUCACAAGGCAGCUGCAAUUUUAAAAGAACACAAAGCCCCCAUUGCUGAGUGUUUGGUGAAAGAAAUUGCCAAACCAGCGAAAGAUGCAGUAACUGAGGUUGUGAGGUCUGGGGAUCUUGUUUCAUAUUGUGCUGAGGAAGGUGUGAGGAUCUUGGGAGAGGGGAAGUUCUUGGUUUCUGACAGUUUCCCUGGGAAUGAGAGGACCAAAUAUUGCCUUACUUCCAAGAUCCCACUUGGUGUGGUUUUAGCCAUUCCUCCAUUCAACUAUCCUGUCAAUCUGGCUGUCUCGAAAAUCGCCCCGGCUUUGAUUGCUGGAAAUUCCAUCGUCCUCAAGCCUCCGACUCAGGGUGCUGUUUCCGCUCUCCACAUGGUGCAUUGCUUCCACCUAGCUGGUUUUCCUGAAGGCCUUAUCAGUUGCGUCACUGGAAAAGGCUCUGAGAUUGGCGAUUUCCUCACUAUGCAUCCUGGUGUGAACUGUAUAAGCUUUACCGGUGGAGAUACUGGUGUUGCAAUUUCGAAGAAGGCAGGCAUGAUACCUCUUCAGAUGGAACUGGGAGGCAAAGACGCUUGCAUUGUGCUCGAGGAUGCUGAUCUUGAUUUAGUCGCCGCAAACAUCAUAAAGGGAGGAUUUUCUUACAGUGGCCAAAGGUGCACUGCCAUCAAGGUUGUUUUGGUAAUGGAGUCCGUAGCAGAUGCUUUGGUCGAGAAAGUAAAGGUUCGGGUGGCUAAACUAACGGUUGGUCCCCCUGAAGACGACUCAGACAUCACUCCAGUCGUGACCGAGUCGUCAGCGAAUUUCAUCGAAGGGUUGGUAUUAGAUGCAAAGGAAAAGGGAGCAACAUUUUGCCAAGAGUACAAAAGAGAGGGCAACCUCAUAUGGCCAUUGUUGUUGGACAAUGUUAGACCAGAUAUGAGGAUUGCUUGGGAGGAACCUUUUGGACCAGUUUUGCCAGUCAUUAGAAUCAGUUCCAUUGAAGAAGGAAUCCACCAUUGCAAUGCUAGCAACUUUGGACUUCAAGGAUGCGUCUUCACAAAAGACAUCAACAAAGCCAUAUUGAUAGGCGAUGCAAUGGAAACCGGAACAGUUCAGAUCAACUCCGCACCUGCCCGUGGGCCUGAUCAUUUUCCAUUCCAGGGAAUCAAGGACAGUGGAAUCGGGUCUCAAGGCAUCACCAACAGCAUCAACAUGAUGACCAAAGUGAAGACAACAGUUAUCAACUUGCCAACACCUUCCUACACCAUGGGUUAGUUUAAUUAUUUGUUAGCUUAAGCUCUUAAGUAGUUUUAAAAAGCAAAAUAUUUGGUUUGAGUUUUGUUUGUAGCCUCUAAAUUUCAUGUUAUCUUGUUAAUUAGUUCUCUUCUUCCUUCUCCUACCACUUUUUCCUUAUGAAAUCAUUAGCAACUAGCUAACUUGUACUUUUUAAUAAAUAAAAUUGCAAUAGAAGUUAUUAUAAA